AUGGGGCCCCACUGCACCAUUCGAACACUUUGCUGGUUAACGGGACGGGGGCAUAGAGGGCUGGGAAAGAGGUGUAGAUGUCCGGAGUGUGCUGUGCUCUGCAGACGACCGGCUGGGGAGCAAGGGCUCUCUAUCCCAUUUCCGCAGGAGUUAGACCACACGCUCCACCGUACAUAUCUACGCCGCAACGAAUUUGCAGGCAAGGGAGGCCAAUCCGCCCUGCCGGCGACACAACCGACAGCUCUUUUGGGGCGGGGCCCUCAGGCUAUUACCUCUUGCGCCAGCGUAUUGCCACCUCUCGCUCGCCAUGCACCCCUUCAAAUCCAAUCCGAUUGCCCCGACAACAAGCGCGAGGCGGCGGGGGGCUACCGGUAUCCCUCGCUUGUCGUCGACGAAUUUUCGCUGCAGCACACACUCUUUGCUGUUCCAAGCGAUGAUAUCUCAAGCAUAUUCGCCCUAAGCUGCACUGCCUCUGCCGGCUCUUCCCAGGUCGAUAUUGGAGAUGGAGGAGGAGUCGAUCGAAAGCGUGCUGCACGGUGUCUUACCGACGUCCAGGUACCGGUGUAUCACCGGCAGGCCAAGAACAACGCAACACAUCGAAACUCAAAUACAGUAGUCGACACAAGUGCUCGUCAACGCCCUGGAUUACUUCCCGGUCGGCGUAUCACGCAUCACACCACCGCCACCUCCGCCUGUCCCAGCAGCUCCAUCUUGUCCCGCAGCCCCACGCCUGUUUGGCCGCUCCGCCCGGGCGAAGAAGAUGGUCAGCGAAAGCGGCUAAGCUUAGGAGGAUCUGUUUUCACCCUCAGCAGCAGCGACGAUCACCGCCGAUAUCUGCCUGCCUCAGACGACGCGAUUCGUCUGUGUCCUCCGUAUAGCGCAGAAAGGCUGAGAAAGCUACGUGGCGCGCCGCCGAGAACAUCUAGUGGGCACGGCGGUGACAUACCGACGCGGAAUGACAAACAGGUGGCUGAAGCAAUGUCAAUCCCCUCUGGUCUUUGCGCGAUACUAGUUAACCCUGCGGCCAUGCGAACUUCUCGAACACCAAGGGAAACCCUGCCUUGCGCUAGAGCCGGAAGGCGCAAGGUAGUUGCUGGAAACACUGGGCUCAAGGAAAGCAGGAAGGAGACGAAUAAAUAUUGGCGAAGGAGACUGGCCUCGCGGCUGCCAUCCCGCAAAUUCGCGACGCGUGGAUUCCUUGUGCCAAUACUAUUCCGUCAACGACAUGGCCCGCACACUGGUCCUCCUUCUCGCUCCCCUGUUAUUGCUUGCGACGCGAACAAAGUCUAUCUCAAAACACCUCCAUCUACUCCGACUACUGCGGCAUCCGGUUUGGCGCAGAUCUACUGGUUUCAAGCUAGCAUCGAUCUGGCGCCGAUGUCGCGUCUGACCCAACAAACUACCCCUGGAGAACAGGACGACCACUCCCGCAGCUAUCCUGACCUCCACCCUGAAAUUUGGGACCGUAUCUUUGAAAUUGACCAUGAAAGAGCUCAACUCAGCGCCCUCCUUAGAGUCAUUCUCUUCGCUGGCACUAACAAUCACAAGGAGUAUGAUCCAUUUGUCGACGUCGCAUCACCAGUCCUGCGCACCCUCUUUGAAAACUUCGGGCGCUUCGUUUCCCUGGAUCUUGUCAACAUACGCUACAUCGACAAGCUGAAUAUUCUCGACCUUUCUCAUCUCCAGCGCUUCUCUCAAUCCUCCGAGUCACAUGUACCCGUGGUUCAUGGGAAAUCUUUCCUCGCUGCCAUCAAGAAAGCGCCAUUGCGCAACUUGAGCCUUGCCAGUGGGGACCCACUCGGCCAUGCCGCCAGGGAGUUGCGGGACCACAUCAACUGGGCCGACAUCCGUUUUCUCGCUUGCGACACUCUUGACCUCCUUGUCUACUAUCUCGCACAUCCAGCUGCUGCGAAAGUCGAAUCCGCUAGUCUGUUCAAGUUUAUCCACCGGUCCAGGUUGAUCCCGCCCGUGACCCAUGCAGCCAUUACUCACCGUGGGUUAAAGCAUUUAAUAAUUGAUAACCAAUUACCGAGCUGGUCCACCUACUUAGCUGUGCUGGCUGUCCCAUCGCUGCAGCAUCUCAUAAUAACUGCAGGUUCCGAGAACCAGUUCUGUCUGUACCAGUACCACAGCGAACUUGCCGUUGUCGGCGGCCGACUGAUGCAGAACUACAGCGGCGUUACCACACUUGCUUUGCAAUAUGUUGUCAAUAUCGAUGGACCCAGCCUCAUGUGCCUUCUUGACAACCUCCGGCCUCUGCGCCAGCUCGACGUGAAGCAACCAUUGUAUGAGCAGAAACCAUUUUGCGCACGACCUGAUACAUGA